CCUUCUUUUGCGCAGCCUACUGAUGCCAUCUCUGGAGUCAAAUCUGGAGAAGGCUAGGUUCCUUGCUAUUGUAUUCUUCUGCCCUUUUCCGAGUUAAUAAAUUGAUGUCACCGUUAUCUUUAGAAAAAAAUGUGCAAUUCUAAGCAGGAGAGGCAGAGUAUAGAGUUGGUGAAGUCUGCAUCUUCAGGUAACAUAAAUACUACCACAGAUAUCUCCUUGUUCUGUUCUAUGGGUUCAUAACAGUAGCCAUACACUUGACUUGUGUUCAUAUAUAGAUCAAACCCUGACGAUGGCGAUGGCGAUGACGAGUAAGGGAUAAUAGAAACAAAGAAAGGUUACAUAAUGUGGUGACGAUGACGAUGACGAUGAAGGCAACAAAUUUCCAUAGUUUGGCCACUAGCAGGUGGAUGCUAGCAAGCAAGUUCGUGUAAGUUUGCAGAAGCGUGCAGGUACUGCCUUCCCACCCCUUUAAUUGUGAUUAAUUAAAAUGGAAGAUGUUGAUUUUUUCUAUGGUAAUGACGGUCGAGAUAAGAUUAGUUGCCGGGGAAUCAAAAUUAAACAAUGACCCAAAAAGAAGUCGACGCUCUCUAUUGCUCCGAAAAUCAACUGUUAAUUGUUUGGUUAUCUCACUAUUGCUCCGAAACUUGAAAGAUCAACUGUUAAUUGUUUGGUUAUAACUAAGAGACUGCCCAUUUUUUCCAAGCUAAUCAGAAAGACAAAAGAAAUUAACCGAACGAAUUUCCUCCCACUCUAAUGGCUUCUUCCUCCUCUUCCCCAGCGGGAGCGGACUCUUCGCCGUCUGAUAGAGCCAUGUUCACUGGCGAAUGGGAAUACGACGUCUUCUUGUGUUUCAGAGGCGAAGACACCCGCGAUGGGUUUACCAGCCACCUCAUGGCUGCUCUCUGCGACAAGCAAAUCAAGGUGUUCAACGACACCAUGCUCCCGAAAACAGAGUCCAUCGAUGAGCUCCUCUGCGUCCUCCGGAGAUCCGCGCUUUCGAUCGUGAUCUUCUCCGAACGAUUCGCGGAUUCGUCGUGGUGCUUGGAUGAGGUGGCCACGAUUGCCCAAAGCUUGGAGGAAUUCGAGCACCGAGCGCUGCCGGUGUUCUACAAGGUUGGUUGGUCUGACGUAGCAGAGGACUCUGGCCGUUACUUUGCCAUCAUCGAUGACGAGCUUAAAGCCAGCUCAGAGGACAACAAGAGAUGGAAGGAUGGUCUGAGAACAGUGGCUAAUCGUGCUGGACAUACUUCCUCUGCGAUUCCAAUAGAAUCUGAACUUAUUAAGGCGAUUAUGGAAGAUGUUCAGAAGCAACUGAUCGACAUGUCACCAAUCAUCAAGUCAGAAAACUUGGUUGGUAUGGGUUCGCGCGUUUUGGAGGUUGAGCGAUUGCUAGCCAUGGACAAACCGGAUGAUAUUCGCAUCAUUGGGAUAUGGGGAAUGGGUGGUUUAGGGAAAACCACUCUGGCCAAGGCGUGCUAUGAAAGAAUAUUUUCAUCAACGAAAGACACCAAACAUCAUUUCAUCCGGAACAUCAACCAAAUUUGUGAAAAACAGCAUGGGAUUGAUGGAUUAGUGCAUGAGCUCUAUUCAAAAUUAUUGUCCGAGAGUGAUCUAAGUCGUGAAGAUUUAGAUAUUCAUUAUCGAAGAGCACGUCUUUCUCGCUCGAAGGUGUUCAUUGUUCUUGAUGAUGUGGAUACUCCUUGCCAAUUACAACAACUGCUUUUAACAGAUGUCUUCAAUCUCAGCGAAGUCUUUGCUGCGGGGAGCAGAAUCAUUGUUACAACAAGAAACAGAAAAGUGCUUCAAAAUGCAAUGGCAAAGGUAUAUAGUAUUGAGUGUUUGAAUGAUAAAGAAUCUAUUCAACUCUUUAGUUCUCGUGCAUUUAGGCAAUGUCAUCCUCCAGCUAGUUGGAUGCAUCUGUCAAGUCGUGCUGCAUCAUACUGCAAGGGAAACCCUUUGGCGCUUAAAGUUUUGGGUGGUACAUUGUUGGGCGAGGACAGAGAUUACUGGGAGAGUUUCUUGGGUGGGUUGAGUCUGAUUCAAACCCCAGGAAUUGGUGAUAUUCUAAGGAGAAGCUACGAUAAAAUUGGGGUUGAAGAGAAGCGAUUGUUCUUGGAUGUUGCUUGUUUCCUCCAUGGAACAUCAAGAUCCACAGUGAUAGGAUACCUAUCAACCCUGUACACAUCCGCUCAUGCUAAAGUGAAAGACCUGAUAGAUAAGUCUCUCUUAACUUGUGUUUCUAAAAGGGAAGGACAUAAGAUUGAGGUGCAUGAUCUACUCAAAGAAAUGGCAUGGAGCAUUGUGAACGAGGAACCAAAGCUCGGCAAACGCAGCAGGUUGGUGGAUCCUGAUGACAUCUACAAACUAUUGGCAACUACAAAGGUGGAAAGUUGGACACAUUACUUUGUAUACCCCUUCCUCAAAGGCAUAGCGAUGAUGGUUCGGCCGAGAAGGAAAAAGAGGAAAGUCAUUGACAUGCAUGGGAAAGAUAAUUGUCCAUUGGAGGGACUGAUAACUACGGAAGGUAUCAGUUUGAAUCUUUCUAAAGCCAAAAAGAUGUGUCUGGAAGCCAAUGCCUUUGAAGGGAUGGAUUCUCUUACAUUUCUCAAAUUCUGGUGUUGGUUCGGAACUAAAACACCUUAUCUUAAACCCAGAAGCAAAAUGGAUAUCGCCGAUAAGAAGAAAAUCCAUUUGCCAUACAGUGGGCUUGACUCACUUCCUAAUGGGUUGAGAUGGCUGCAUUGGGAUGGAUACCCUUCUAAAUCACUACCUUCAGGAAUUUACUCACAACAACUCGUCCGUCUUAUUAUACGAUGUAGUCCGAUUACAAAAUGUUGGGAAGGGUUUGACCGACCAAAGCUGGUGAAUUUGGUGGUGCUCGAUCUCUCUUUUUGUUCCUAUCUUACUGCAAUCCCAGAUCUCUCGUGCUCUUUAAAACUCGAGGAACUCCAACUUUCGGAAUGCAGAAGCCUAGUUGAAGUACCCUCUCAUGUUCAAUAUCUGGACAAGCUGAUAAAACUUGAUCUUGGAUGUUGUGUAAACCUCAAGCGUCUUCCAUCAAAACUCAACUCAAUGGUCCUCAAGCACGUUCGAAUAAACGAUUGUCCGAAGGUCAAACACUGUCCAGAGAUUAAUUCAGGAGAAUUGCAGGAAUUGAUGUUAUAUGAGACACCGGUCAGGGAGUUACCGAACGCAGUUUACAGUGUCAAGGAAGGUGGCAGCCUAUAUCUCUUUGGUGAAAAUAUCACCGACUUCCCUGCAAUUUCUACAAGCUUGAACCGGUUUUAUUUGUGGCAUACUGCAAUAAAAGAGAUACAUUCUUCUGAGUUACUGCCGAAAUUUGGUGAGCUAUAUAUGAUUGGUAACUUCCAACUCAAGAGCCUGCCAAAUAAUUUAUGGUACAUGGUCACGUCUUGGCUCGGUAUUCGAGGCAGCCCACUUCUUGAGAGUCUGCCAGACAUCUCAGAGCCUGUGGCUGGUUUAACCAGUCUUCAUAUAAAUUGGUGUGAGAGUCUCAAAAGCCUCCCAUCUAGCAUCAACAAUUUAGUAUCUCUAGAGACUCUCAAUCUGGGGAACAUCGGCAUUGAGUCAUUGCCUUCCUCUAUCCAGGAAUUGGGCCACCUUGAGUCGAUAGAUCUGAGCAACUGCAAAAGUCUUGAGUCUAUCCCGAUCAAUAUCCAGAAACUGCCCAAGUUAGAAAUCUUGAAAUUGUGCGGAUGUGGAAGUAUUAUAUCUUUGCCGGAACUUCCAGCAAGUCUCUCUGAGUUGGAUGUCGGUGGCUGCAAGUCCUUACAAGCUCUACCAAGCAACGUCACUAAGCUGAGUUGGAGUCGCCUCUCGUUUUACGGUUGCCCCAAAUUAAACAAGACAGUUCCUGAUGACAUCGUGGCAAAUUAUCCAGUCUAUGCACUAUCAUUUGAACGUUAUAAGAGGUACCAGCUUGAGUAUUCAGGGAGCGGGAUUCCAAAAUGGUUUGCCUACAGAAGCGUGAAGGACAAGGAUAGUUCAUCUUUGACGGUGCAAUUGCCUCCUAACUGCACUGGUAGUAAGCAACUCAUGAGAGGGAUUGCAUUUGGUGUAGUGUGUUUGUCUUCAGAUGUUUGGGUUCGUUUGAAAUGUGACUGCAACAUUGGCACCAUAACUGUUGCCUCUUGGAGCUGUUAUGUUCCUUGGUAUGUCACUAGUUCAUCAGACCGUGUGUUGCUGUGGUUAGCAUCAGGUGAGACAGAAUGCAGAGAAAGAGAAGGAGAAGCAUGGUAUGUGAAAUAUGCAGGCCACACUGUUUCCUUCCAUUUCUACCCUGUAAGCAAUAUCAAGCAAUUGAAGAAAAAGUUGAAAAUCAAAAGAUGCGGGAUCUCUCUACUGUAAUCGAUGCAGGCAGUUCGAUUGAUGAAUAAAAAGAAACAGACGGCAAGGUAUACUUUCCUAUAGCUGAAUCUCUAUACUUUUAUUUAGUAGUGUUACUUUCCAAAAGACUAGUAUAUUAAAAUUUUGCUCCAAAAUCUGCCAUUAGCUUCUCGUCGAGCAAUGUAAACUUUUAUGUUUUUUCAUCUCAUUUCUUUUCUUAUUUUCUCACUUACUCCCAUUCAUUCUUCUUGUAUCAUGAGUUUCUUAACCGUUUUAGCCUCUUCUGGACUUCUAGGUUGAGGAAAAAGCACAGAUGGGGUGUGGAUGAAGGGCAAAUGGCACAAGAGUCCAAGUUGCUUAUGGAAGUGUGGAGUGUAUAUAUGUCUGGUUUGGCUUGGAAAAUGUUAAGAAGAUGGGUUCUCCAAAAUUUUCACCUUCUGAAUCGUUAAAUUAGUUUGUGAAUAUUAUCACAAUUCUUCAACGUACUACGUACUUUCAGGUUUGGUUCUUCAUUAAUAAUGCUCGGAGCCAUUUCUCUCAUGCACUUUUGAAGGGAUGAGUUCUCUAAGAUAUCUCUCUAACAUCCAGAUUUUCUCUAGAAAACCUGGGAAGUUCAGAUAUGCCAUCAAUACUUGUUAACUCGUCUUGAUGAGUUCAAGCAUGGAAUUAUUAUGUGCAAUAACUCUUUUUUUUUUAUAUAUUUUGAUUCUCCUCACGUGAUUGAAAGGCUGAAAAUGUGGGGAGGGCAAGGUUGUAAAUCCGAGGACUGGCCCGGAUCCGAUUGAGCUAGUGGGUCAAGGGUUAAUGGGUCACCCGUUUUAGCCUAGAAAUAUAAAAAAAGUUAUUAUAUUGUACUUAUCCUGAUAAAUUAUAUCAAAUCUAAUCUCAAAUAUGAGUGAUAACAUAUAAUAUUACACCAAAAUAACAUGUUUUACUUAGAUCCAACAUGUAGUGAAAAUUCACACACACUUAUAUAACAUCAAUAUACAAAUGUUCAACUUAGGAUUCCAAAGAUUGAGUUAGGCAAAAAGAAAAAUCAGAAAAUAUCCGCAUUUCGUAAACCAAAGAAAAAAAUGACACAAUUUGACCUCCAACCCGUUACCAUGUAGUGGUCGAUCCGGCGGGUGCGUACGACCCAUUUUUCUCACCUGAUUAGGGUUAAAGUGGGUCGACCCUAGAGGUGUCAAUCGGGCGGGUUCGGGCGGGUUUAUUCGGGUUGCGGGUUGUUCGGGUUGCGGGUCGAUCGGGUUGUGGGUUCAUCGGGUUCUGGUUGAUCGGGUUGCGGGUUACGUGUCAAUCGGGUUGCGGGUCAAUCAGGUUACGAGCCAAUCGGGUUACGGGUCAAUCGGUUUGCGGGUCGGGCGGUUCCGGUUGCGGGUUUUACGGAUCAGAACAUCGUGUUACUUUUUAGUGAUUACUAGUAAGUCGUAAAUCGUAACUAUAUGAAGCUAUUAUUUUGACUAAAUUUGUAAUAAAAAAACUCGAUCCUUAUUAGUUAUAAGUUAUUAUUAUGAGUUUUUGACUGAUCGUCCCUAAAACAUUAAUACCUUAUAUCCUAACCCAUUACACUCAUUAUAGGUUGAUGAUGUAUAUUAUUAUACUAAGUCAAUAAUUGAUGAUGUAAUGAUCAGACUUUAGUGAACUAGAAUUUCAAAUGUCAACUUUUGGUUUAUCUUCAUCGAAUUCCUUCUAUUAUAGUUGGGUUGUGGGUUGGUCGGGUUACGGGUUCGGGUUAGUCGGGUUGCGGGUUGGUCGGGUUGCAGAUUAAUCGGGUUGCGGGUCGAUCGGGUUGUUGGUUGGUCGGAUUGCGGGUCGAUUGGGUUGUGGGUCGAUCAGACUGCGGGUCGGGCGGGUUACGGGUCAUUGACUUUUAGUCAAAUCGAGUUACGGGUCGGGUUGAUCGGGCGCGUUACUCGAGUCGGGUUACAUUUUGACAGCUCUAGUCGACCCGCUUGUUGACAACCGAAAAUUUAAGAAAAAAGGAAGCUUAUUUUGAAAAUCCCGAUUUUGUUACUUGGUUCUCUCUCUCAUAUUUUCUCGUCUCCAUUAAUCUUGAUUUAUCCAUAUCUUGAAAUUUGAACUCGAACCUCAACAUUUUGUGGCACGAACAAGUUGAAUUUGGCAGGUUCGUACAUGAAUGUACUAACGCCUAAGAAACUGCUUUUUACCUCGGCUUUGUACCACCCUGGAAAAGGACAGUUGACAAAUACGCUUUACCAUGGCGGUAAAAUAACACAAAGGUGUUAAAACCAUGAAUAAUGAUAAAUGAUCAUACUACCAUUACGGAUGCUCAAUUAUGCGAACAACCUCAUUUCUUACGCAUCAGAACUCGUCCCCAGAUUUUUUUUUUCCUAACAAAACGUUAUUUUUAUUGUUCUGCAUUUUUCAUAUACUCAAAGAGAGAUCGUUGUAAUUGUCUGAUUGGCCUUCAUUUAUCUUGUCCUUUUGCAGGCAAAGCUUGGAAGUAUUGUGCCGCUGGCCGCCGUUGGAUCUGAUGCCGGUGAAAUCAACCUACACAUAAUUAAACAUCGCGAUUAUACGACAGAUUAAUUAACUGAUCAUACAAGCUCAAUUAAUUGAUUGAGAUUGAAGUUUGUACCUGGCUGCUUUUCUUCCUUCUAUCCCAUGAAACGUCCAGCCGCAACAUUAUGGAAAGCUCUCGAAUCGGUUCGAUGACGAUGCGAGACCGUUCGUCAAAACAAUAAAUUACUAAAAUGAAGAAAAUUAGUGAGAAAAUAUAAUUUCAUGAAAAUAUUAUAUAUGCAUGAUAAAUAUUAAAUAUGUUAAGAAAAGUAAUGAUAAUUU